AUGGAAAAUGUAACGCUCAGUAAAGAGCAUGAAACCGACGAAGGAAUCGGUCUCCCCACAAAGGAGAACACCAUCCAAGGUACUGUCCCGGACGCCACAGCAGCAGCAGCAGCAGAGCGUCAUAAUGACGCAGGAAUUCUGGCGGAUUACCUACGCAACAGCACCUUCCCACUGCUCCGCAACGCGCUGACACCGGAACUGAGGACUCCCUUCAAGAUAUUCUGGCUCGGUGUAAUGGUUUGCCUGAGUGGUGUGCUCGGUUUCACGGUGAUGGUAAACGUUGAACGGUUGAAGGAUCCCUCGAACGUGCUGAUUGAACGUGCCGAAAGGGCAUUACCGAUAUGGAGCGUACCGUUUCCCGGUGUUACGAUCUGCCCACGAAAGGGUGAAGGAUGUGGGGAGCGGCGUUUGGAUGAGAUUUGUGAAUCGAUUUGCUGGAAAGAUUCGUGCACUAACCGGUGUGAGGAGCUGCUCGAUCCAGUGCGAACGGAGAGAGGUAUCUGCUAUACUUUCAACGGAGUUUCUGGGGAGCAGAUCUUCAACAAAGACAGAGUUAUCAACUUGAAACAGCUUUCAAAUGGUACCAGAGCGAUCAAGAAUUGGGACUUUCUGCGAGGAGUGCAAGUAAUCAACAGUGUUCUCGUGAAGCAGUACCCGAACGCGGCACAGGGCCUAUCUGGUCGCUACCGAUUGAAGAUGGUUCUCACAAGCACCCAGAACGAUACGGAAAACUGUGUCAAUCCAACGAUCGAUGUCCACAUCCACUCACCAAUAGAUUUCCCAUUCAAAACCAACAAACCGCUCUCGUUGAGCAGUGGCUCACAGGCGCACCUUACCGUGCAACCGAAUAUGAUCAGAACACAGCGAUACCUGAAGUACUUUACCGCAUCCAUGACCGGUUGCUACUCGCAGAACCAGAACCCUCUGCAGCUGUUCUCCAUCUACACUCCGAACAACUGCGAGCUAGAGUGUCACACGACGCUGUACCACGAAAAACGAGGCUGCGUUUUUGAGCACAUGCCGAGGGCUAACGGUACCUUACAGUGUAGCAACAGCACCUUUCGACCCUACGACAUCCUCGAUAAGAACGCGAUGACUCGAAUGCGCACCGAAGGAAUUCCGCGAUCACAGUACUUCCGUAGGGCCUGCAAUUGUCUACCGGCUUGUGUGGAUUACACAUACAGUUACGAGACCCGUAUGCUACGCAAUCCGGAACUAGACAGUGACUCUUUGUUUGGUAACGAAACGGAAGGACUCACGUCGGAGCUGACGGUAGAGUUCGGUGAGGAUCACUUCUAUCCCUCGGUAAGGAGUAUCCGAUACGGUUUGCUAGACUUCCUCGCCGACGGUGGCGGGUUGGUGGCCCUCUUUUUAGGUUGCUCUGUGGUCACGCUGCUAGAGCUGCUGUUCUUUUGCUUCAUUAAACCUGCAAUGUCGUGA